AAAUCAAAAUCUACUUGUCCAUUUUACCUCUCACCCCACAAAUUCAAAACCCUAGAUUUCUUCCUUCACUUUGCAAAAAUGUCCGGCCGCGGAAAGGGAGGCAAGGGAUUGGGCAAGGGAGGAGCCAAGCGUCACAGGAAGGUGCUUCGCGACAACAUCCAGGGGAUCACCAAGCCGGCCAUUCGCCGUCUGGCUCGUAGAGGAGGCGUGAAGCGUAUCUCCGGCCUCAUCUACGAGGAGACCAGGGGAGUCCUCAAAAUCUUCCUCGAGAAUGUGAUCAGAGACGCCGUGACCUACACUGAGCACGCUCGGAGGAAGACCGUGACUGCGAUGGACGUCGUUUACGCCCUCAAGAGGCAGGGCAGGACUCUGUAUGGUUUCGGAGGCAUGAAUAUUUCCCAUUCUCUCUUCCUUCUCUCUUCCCUCCGCCUCAUCUUUUACUAUUCCAAUAACCACUAUUAUGGAUGCUCUAAGCUGACUGCUGAUUACUAUUCUAAUAACCACUAUUAUGGAUGCUCUAAGCUGACUGCUGAGCAACUCAGUUCGAAAUCAAAAUCUACUUGUCCAUUUUACCUCUCACCCCACAAAUUCAAAACCCUAGAUUUCUUCCUUCACUUUGCAAAAAUGUCCGGCCGCGGAAAGGGAGGCAAGGGAUUGGGCAAGGGAGGAGCCAAGCGUCACAGGAAGGUGCUUCGCGACAACAUCCAGGGGAUCACCAAGCCGGCCAUUCGCCGUCUGGCUCGUAGAGGAGGCGUGAAGCGUAUCUCCGGCCUCAUCUACGAGGAGACCAGGGGAGUCCUCAAAAUCUUCCUCGAGAAUGUGAUCAGAGACGCCGUGACCUACACUGAGCACGCUCGGAGGAAGACCGUGACUGCGAUGGACGUCGUCUACGCCCUCAAGAGGCAGGGCAGGACUCUGUACGGUUUCGGAGGCUAGGAUAUUGUGCGCUAUUGGAUGUUCGUCUGUGUAAUUGCAGAUCUGUUCGACUAUUUCCGUUUAGCUGUUAGUCCUGUUUUUAGGUUCUAGGUAGCGAUUGCCUGCUUGUUUCGUGAUUGGCAAUUUAGAAGUAAAUGUAGUAUUCUGUUGCAGUUAAGCAUGACUAAUACCUGUUCUGAUUUUGUGAAUCAAUACAACUUUAUCUGCUCUAUGAAAAUUGAAUUUCAUUCUAAAUAUGAUCGUCAGUUUUCAGAGUA